GGCACAGCCAGUGACCUGACCUUCCGACCUUCAUGGCGCCAAUGGCUCUCUAUGUGUUUACAUCUUGUUUGGACACUCAGCUAACCUUGAAUGAUAUACUACAUUACACAUUCAGGGGUUUGCGCGAAGAUUGUGGAGGGAGGUGCCACAGACAAAUCAUGGUCAGAGAGAGGCAAGACGUGAGAAAAAUAAUCUGGAGGCAUUCCACAGCUUUGGCGCCCUCAUCUUUUGUCCGUCACUUAUGCAAGAUAAGACAACAGCUCCUGUGAAAGAAAAACCAUUCGCAGGGAGGAAAACUGUGGCGAAAGAGGUAGAGCAGCAUGAAGAGGAGGACAUUUGACAGAUAAAAAGAGGGAGCUCUGCAGCAGGAUCCCCACCGUGCUGAACACAGGACUGCGUGACUGGUCUGUGCAAGCAGAGGGAGGAGAGAGGAGAGAAGGGUGGAAGGUAGGAAAGAUAGUAGGGGGAGGGGAGGCAAUUCAGCGCAGUGCAAGCUGACUGGAUGAGUAGCAGCCGCGGCACAGGCAAGCAGCAUCAGCACCACUGGCUGUAGCAUCUUUCUUUGUGGCUGCUGGAGGCUGUCUUGUGGCUGCUGUAGCAUCAAAACCAUCCACAUACAUACAAUUCUGGACACAGACGUUCCCACUGCCUGCCUUAUACACACACAUGUCGUGGUGGCCACCAGAGAAGAGGUAGUAAGCGACGGGGCUUGGGGGACAGAGGGAAGAGGAAACAGGGACGACUGGUGGUAGUGCAAAGGAGAGGAGGGCUGGAGCAACGGUGACUGGAGCAGCAGCAGCAACAGUAGCAGCGGCACCAUGGCGCAAGCUGCCAAGCAGCUCCGCAAGACCAAGGACCUUGCGGAGGCCGCCGCCGCGGAACAGAGGGAGAAGGAGGAGGAAAAGAUAAAAAAGAGGAAUCGAUCCAGGGACCGCCGGCGCAAGGCAGAUGCAGCCACCAGCUUUUUGCGUGCAGCUCGUUCAGGGAACCUGGACAAGGCUAUGGAUCACAUCAAGAAUGGAAUCGACAUCAACACAUCAAAUCAAAAUGGUCUUAACGGGUUACACCUGGCCUCUAAAGAAGGUCAUGUUAAGAUGGUCCUGGAGCUACUACACACUGGCAUUGAACUGGAAGCCACCACCAAGAAAGGGAACACAGCCCUCCAUAUCGCAGCACUGGCAGGGCAGGAGAAAGUGGUGGCUGAGCUUGUCAACUAUGGUGCCAACGUUAAUGCCCAGUCACAUAAAGGGUUCAGUCCUCUCUACAUGGCAGCACAGGAGAAUCAUUUAGAGGUGGUCAAGUUCCUGCUUGAGAAUGGCGCCAAUCAGAGUCUCCCAACAGAGGAUGGCUUCACUCCCCUGGCAGUAGCACUCCAGCAGGGCCAUGAAAAUGUUGUGGCGCUGCUUAUCAACUAUGGCACCAAGGGCAAAGUCCGCCUCCCCGCACUGCACAUCGCUGCGCGAAACGACGAUACGCGCACCGCUGCAGUGCUCCUCCAGAAUGACCCCAACGCUGAUGUUCUCAGCAAGACUGGUUUCACACCUCUCCAUAUUGCUGCCCACUAUGAGAAUAUGAGUGUAGCCCAGCUGCUACUGAACAGAGGAGCCAAUGUAAACUUCACCCCCAAGAAUGGCAUCACGCCCCUUCAUAUAGCCUCCAGGAGGGGCAAUGUGAUGAUGGUCAGACUACUGCUGGACAGAGGUGCACAGAUUGAUGCCAAGACUAAGGAUGAGCUGACUCCUCUCCACUGUGCAGCCAGAAAUGGUCACGUUCGAAUCAUUGAGAUCCUGCUGGAACACGGUGCUCCCAUCCAAGCUAAGACCAAGAACGGUCUUUCCCCCAUCCACAUGGCAGCUCAGGGGGAUCACAUGGACUGCGUCAGGCAGCUACUGCAGUACAAUGCUGAGAUCGAUGAUAUCACACUGGACCAUUUAACUCCUCUUCAUGUAGCAGCCCACUGUGGUCACCAUCGGAUGGCCAAAGUCUUACUGGACAAGGGGGCCAAAGCAAAUGCACGCGCUCUGAAUGGCUUCACACCUCUCCAUAUUGCUUGCAAGAAGAACCACAUGCGGUCCAUGGACCUGCUGCUCAAGCACUCUGCUUCCCUAGAAGCUGUCACAGAGUCUGGUCUUACUCCACUUCAUGUAGCAGCAUUCAUGGGCCAUCUGAACAUAGUGAAGAACCUGCUCCAGAGAGGAGCCUCACCCAAUGCUUCCAAUGUGAAAGUGGAGACUCCCCUCCACAUGGCCUCCAGAGCAGGACACUGUGAAGUUGCUCAGUUCCUGCUGCAGAAUUCAGCACAAGUAGAUGCCAGGGCAAAGGAUGACCAGACACCCUUACACUGUGCAGCCCGCAUGGGCCACAAGGAGCUUGUCAAACUUCUCCUUGAGCACAAGGCCAAUCCCGACUCAGCUACAACUGCGGGCCACACACCAUUACACAUCUCUGCUCGUGAAGGACACAUCCACACUAUUCGAAUCUUAUUGGAUGCUGGAGCACAGCAGACCAAGAUGACAAAGAAAGGCUUCACUCCUCUCCAUGUGUCCUCUAAAUAUGGGAAGGUGGAUGUUGCUGAGCUCCUCCUGGAGAGAGGAGCCAACCCUAAUGCAGCUGGGAAGAACGGUCUGACACCCCUUCAUGUGGCCGUCCAUCACAACAACCUGGAUGUUGUUAAACUCCUGGUCAGCAAGGGAGGAUCUGCACACAGCACUGCCCGAAAUGGCUACACUCCCCUUCACAUAGCAGCCAAGCAGAACCAGAUGGAAGUGGCCAGUUGUCUGCUGCAGAAUGGGGCGACGCCCAAUGCCGAGUCCCUCCAAGGCAUCACGCCCCUGCACCUGGCUUCACAAGAGGGGCGACCUGAUAUUGUUGCCCUGCUCAUCUCCAAACAGGCCAACGUGAAUCUGGGAAACAAGAAUGGAUUGACCCCACUGCAUCUUGUGGCUCAGGAAGGUCAUGUGGGAAUCGCUGACACACUGGUCAAACAAGGAGCCUCCAUUUAUGCUGCCUCACGGAUGGGCUACACACCCCUUCAUGUGGCCUGUCACUAUGGCAACAUCAAGAUGGUGAAGUUCCUUCUGCAGCAGCAGGCCCAAGUGAACAGCAAGACAAGGAUGGGCUACACCCCUCUGCACCAGGCAGCUCAGCAAGGCCAUACAGAUAUUGUCACCCUGCUGUUGAAACAUGGAGCCCAGCCCAAUGAGAUUACUUCGAAUGGGACAUCUCCCCUGGGUAUUGCCAAGCGGCUGGGUUAUAUCUCUGUCAUCGAUGUGCUGAAACUGGUUACCGAGGAGUCGGUCUCCACGAUCACUACAGAGAAGCAUCGGAUGAGUUUCCCUGAGACAGUAGAUGAGAUUUUGGAUGUUUCAGAGGAUGAAGGGGUUGCCCAGCUUACCUUAGGAGAUGAGUUGCUUGGGAUGGAUGGAGCACGCUAUCUCAAGCUUGAUGACUUCAAGGACCAAGAUGAUGACUUCCUUUCUCCAAAGAAAACCCUUAGAGACUUUGAGGGUGGCAUGGGUACCACGCCAUAUUCUCCUGCUAUUCCCAGGAUCCCGUGUGUCUCCCCAGAGACUGUACUAUUGGAUCAGCACACCCCCGUCCCCCUGCCAAAGGAGUAUGACGAAGACUCUCUUAUCCCAAGCAGUCCGGCUACAGAGACUUCAGACAACGUCAGCCCUGUGGCCAGCCCCAUUCACACUGGCUUCCUGGUGAGUUUCAUGGUAGAUGCAAGAGGAGGCUCUAUGCGAGGCAGCAGACACCACGGCCUGCGAGUUAUCAUUCCUCCUCGAACCUGCACUGCCCCAACACGCAUCACCUGCCGUCUGGUCAAACCUCAGAAACUGACCACGCCUCCCCCACUCGUGGAGGGGGAGGGACUAGCAAGCCGUAUCAUCUCUCUAGGGCCCUCCAGUAUGCAAUUCCUUGGGCCUGUAAUUGUGGAAAUCCCCCACUUUGCCUCACUGGGCCGAGGGGAUCGAGAGCUUGUGGUCCUCCGCAGUGAAAAUGGCUCAGUCUGGAAGGAACACCGCAAUCGCUAUGGUGACGAAGUGCUGGAAACUAUCCUUAAUGGCAUGGAUGAAGACUUGGAGAGUCAAGAGGAGCUGGAGAAAAAGAGAAUCCGUCGGAUCAUCUCCACAGACUUCCCCCUCUACUUCGCUGUGGUUUCCCGCGUUCAGCAGGAGAGCGAUCUCAUUGGUCCAGAAGGCGGCCGGCUGACCAGUAAGCUGGUUCCCCACGUCGAGGCCAUCUUCCCAGAGACGGCUGUCACCAAGAGAGUGAGACUAGGACUACAGGCACAGCCAAUCCCAGAUGAACUGCUGACACGGCAUCUUGGCAACCAGGCGACCUUCAGCCCAGUGGUUACCAUCGAGCCACGCAGACGCAAAUUUCACCGUCCAAUUGGGUUGCGUAUCCCUUUGCCACCAUCCUGGAGGGAGAGUCCUCGGGAUGCCGGGGAGGGUGACACCACCAGCUUGCGCCUCCUCUGCAGUGUCAUUGGUGGCACAGCACCAGCUCAGUGGGAGGACAUCACUGGAACCACCAAGCUGAUGUACGCACACAACUGUGCCAACUUUACCACCAAUGUUUCUGCAAGAUUCUGGCUGGCAGACUGUCCACGCACAGCGGAGGCAGUGACUUUUGCCAAUUUGCUUUACCGGGAGCUGAUGUCCGUCCCAUAUAUGGCUAAGUUUGUCAUUUUUGCAAAGAUGAACGAGGCGCGAGAAGGACGCUUGCGUUGUUACUGCAUGACAGAUGACAAGAUGGAUAAAACACUGGAGCUGCAUGAAAACUUCACCGAAGUGGCCCGCAGUCGAGACAUUGAGCUGAUGGAGGGCAUGCCGCUGCACCUGGAGUGUUCUGGAAACCUAGUGCCCAUCAGGAAGGCCACCCAGCAGCCCCGCAGCUUCAGCUUCCAGGCUUUCAGAGAUAACAGGCUGCCUGUCUCUGUCAAGGUCAGAGAUAGCAACAAGGAUGCCGCUGGGUUUUUGUCCUUUCUGCGGAAGUGCACCAAAUACGAGGACACACAGCAUGUACUGUGUAACCUUAACAUAACAAUGCCACCAUGUGUCAAGGUCGUUGGAAGUGAGGAGCGCAGACGAACUUUAACCCCCCUCGCCCUGAGGGAACGCUACAGUGCACUGAACGAGCCGGGUGUGGCUACAGUGAAUGCUAUGGAGAGGACUGAGAUCAAGAUCAACAUCAUAUCUGAGCAGCUGGGUUUGAGCUGGGCAGAGUUGGCACGUGAGCUUCAGUUCGGUGUUGACGACAUCAAUAGGAUCCGUGUGGAGAAUCCCAACUCCUUGCUCGACCAAAGCUCUGCUCUUCUCAACCUGUGGGCCGGCAGAGAAGGCAAAAGGGCCAAGAUGGAGAGCCUGUACACCGCUCUGAAAAACAUAGAUCGUGCCGACAUUGUAACAUCUCUGGAGGGUCAGGCUCCACAACCAGCACCUGGAACUUUAGAGGAAGGUGCCUGUCGACUCAGCGAUCGCGACUCCACCCUGUUGUCCCCCAGUGUCAUCAAUGAGGUCACGGACAUAAGGCCACCGCGCCUUGUGCACAAGCCACGAGUUAUUAGACCCCCGUUUUUCAGAAGGGGUAAGUUGAAGUUAAACUCGGGGCUGCAUGGUGGUUUGCUGCUCAUGCCAUGAACUUGAUGAUGAUGAUGAAUCUCAAAUGAUGUUUUUGAGGUCUGAGGAAUGGUGUCAUUCUCCCACCAUGAACCCCAGCCUUUUGCAGCAUGCACUAACACCGCCUCUGUGCAUUCCUCACUGGGGCACAAGUCAUUUUUUAAUUUUCCGUUACACUUUUUCACACUUCAUACUUGAGCCCUGAACAUGAUGGUUCCUAUUCUCUUUGGUAAAUAUGAGAAACGAGGAUAACUCACUUUUACUGUUACUGACGUGAUUUUAAGAGUUAACUCAGACAUUUGUAAGGCCAAACAGGCCGACACAUAACAUACGGGUAAUUUCUGAUUUUCAGUUAAACAUGUUUGAGAUUGUUUAGAUUACUUGUGCGUCCGUGUGUUUGUGUGAGUGUGUGCACACAUACAGCCCAUGCCUGUGUGUGUGCAUACAUGUGUAUGUCCGGGAUGGAUACACUAGUCAAAAGUGGCAGUAGUACACAGAUGAUCUCUGUGUUCUGGGCCUUCAUACCUUGUUUCUAUCCCUUCCUCUUUCUUUCUCUAUCUUUCUCUGAGAACAAGACAGAAUCUCACUUCAGAGUUCGAUCGACAGCGGACAUUGUUACAAUGUUCUUGCCGUCUUGGACUUUUGUCUUUUUGCUCAGGACAAUCUCUGUCUGUUCUACUUUCAGUCUUUCUCUGAACCUAUGACAUGUCAUAUCUGCUGCCCAGCCGCCCUGCUCCUCCUCCUCUUGCUCCUCCUCCUCCUCCCCUUUCCUGCUCUUCUUCCUCCUCACAGCUCUUCCUGUCCGACCUCUGACCUCAUAUGACCUCAUGUUGACCUCUGGGCCUCCUCCUCCUCUCUUGUCAUCUUAUUUUCCCGUGCUCCUCCCUCGUUCAAACAAGCAGAGACCCUCUCCUCCUCCUCCUCUCUCAAUCCAGCUCUGUGUGUGUACUACAGUUUGUGCAUGCGCAUGCUGCAUGCUUUGCUGUUACGGUUUCUGUUUGUGUGUGUGUGUGUGUGUUUGUAAUUUUGUGUGUGCGCGUGAGUGUGUUCCAGACCUGGGCUUAAGUUAAUAGUGGCUGAGAUCAUUAGAACUCAACUACUUCCGCUUGCAAGGAAUUUACGUGUAUGAAUAUUUAGUCUCUAUACAAGCAGUGUUUAAAUGACUUGCAAGAUAAACUAGGUUCAGUUCAAUAAUUAAGAUACAUGACAAUAAAAUUCUACCCAGGUCUACUUAAGAUGUUUUUGCUUGUGUGUGAGGAGUUUCCUGAACAUAAUAAAGUUUGCUGUUUGCUCUUUUUGAUUCUGACAUCUUUGAUUCUGUGUGCAUGGCAUGCUUUCAAUGUAUGAAGUUCUAUUCACAGUGUAAAAUGUUUUAUUUGUUCAAUGGGUGUAUUUCAGUCUUGUUUUUUAAUGCUGUAUUAACAAACAAAAUGGGUUGUUUUGUGUUUUUCCCUGUAAAAAAAAAUGGUGUGUUGUUUAAAGCUUCGCUGUAACACAUGGUCAGCUGUGUAGCACAUAAUGUUCAAUGUACAAUGUUGCUGUGACGUUAUGUCUUUCAUACAUGGGCACAAUAACUAAUUGUAAACGAUUCUCAGCGUUUGAUAAAUGGGAUUCUAGUUUAUAAAAACCCACAUUUUAAACAAGUUGGGAUGCAAUGUAGAAUAACAAAAAAGGAUAGUGGAUUUGCUACAAAGACAAUAUGUUUAAUGAUAUCAGCUUCAUUGAUUUUUGUAAAUAUAUGCCUAUUCUAAAUAUGAUAGCAGCACUACGCUUUAAACAAAUGGCUUGGGAAGUUAUGAAAUACUCUAAAAACACCUGUUAGGAACACUCCACAGGUAAACAAGUUAAUUGGUAACAGGUCAUAGCAACAUGAUUGGAUAUGUAAGGGGCAUCUUCGAAAGGUUCGGACAUUCACAAGCAAGGAUGAGGCGAGGUUCAACACAUUCACGUAUACAGGAGCAAGUCUUGGUAACACUUUUUAAAGCCAUUGUUAGGAAAGAGUUUGCAUUAUGUUCUACACAGCAUCCCAACUUGGACAUUUUAUCUCUUACUGAAAUAGUAUUAUUAAACUAUGUGCAAAAGUAAAAUAAAUUAUUUUACUGAAAUUUUGACAUUCAAACUAAGUCAACACUCAACAAAAAAAAAAAAUCUGUGUUUUGCCCAAGUCUGAUGACAGACUCAUUGUCAACAUUGUCUGAAUGUUAUCUGCCAGCAGGGAUAUUGCUGUGAGGUGUGUUUGUGUAUUGAUUUGGGUGUGUGAGAUUUAUUUCUGUUGAUUUGAGGCUCACCUGUGAGCCAAAACUGUGUGUCCUCAUUUGUAUUUUAACAUGAGUGCCGUAUUGUGUCUAGGUUUACGUGUGUGCGUAUGUGUGCGCGCAUAUAGUGGUAAAGUCAGUGGCGUGCUGUGUGGCGUGUUGUCCUCUCAUGUUUUGUUUUUCUCUGUGGAGUUUAUUUGUGCCUCACUUACAUCUUGUGCCUUUGACACCACUUGUGCGUGUGUUUAAAUAGCAGGAGUGAAGGGAAAGGCUAACCCAGAUUCAUCUAACUCAUUCUGACUCUCAUUCUAAUCCUGACAUUCAUUCCUCCCUGCUCACCUCAUUCUGACGCCACCACUCAUCUUCCCGGCCCUGUACCAUCCCAGAAACACACACAAACACUCACACACAUGCCUACUCACAUUUUAAUACAGAAACGACUGUUAUUGACACACUAAAGAGGUAUUUCACCCAUUAAAACAAACCCCUUUUUUACUGGUCUGACUUCCUAUGGAUUCAGUUUUAAGCCAUUUGCAAUAAUCAACUGUGCGAUUGUGUUUAUUAUAGAACAGGUGUUGAUACAGUUCAAGACACCUGCAUUAGUUAAUCUAUCCUGGAAGCAUUUUAAAUCAGAGAGAGAAAACACACUUACUUGUAGGUUAGAUAAAGUGGACUUUGCUAAACUGUUGCUUUCAGUAAUUUUGUGUUUAUAGCUAGAGCUUAUUGAUAUAAUACAUGAGCUGUUUCUGAACAGACAAAUGUCAGCUUUGCAGAAAAUGUAACAAAUUCUUGAUAUUUAGUUGUAAUGCUAAACUGUCAGGUUAAUCAUGGACAGCAGGUUGGUAGCAAUGCCUCUUCCAUAGCUUCACAUUUUGGUAGUUUCCAUGUGGUGAAUAUGUUGACAGAUUUUUUAAUGAAUUGGACUGUAUAGUAAAUAUACUAUAAAUAUAGUUGUCUCAAUGAUCCCUUAUUCUUUGCAGUUCAUCAGACAGGUGAGAUGUAAGUCACUAACUCCUGAGAAAUAAAUACUGCUAGCUUGACUGUUCUUUGUAUGGGCCUAGAUAGGUUAAAGACAGGAAAUAAUCAUGUUUUUGAUUGCAAAAUCCAAAUACAAAGGGGCAUGUUAUAAGCAACAUUUUAACAUGUUCAGUUUGUAAAAGCUGCCUGAAAAAAGAUCAACUGUAAGGUCUUUUCUUUUGCCUCACUGUUCAUUGUCUGGGCCUGGUUGGCAUAAGGACUAGAAAUGAUAAUCAUGUUUUUGGUGACAGUAUUUUAUUUCAAAGGGACAUUUGUCAAUAUUAAAAGCAAUAUUUUAAAAGCUGCCAGGUAAAGUAUAACAGAAAGGAUUGUUUUAAAACCUUAAGUUUGUUCUCACCCUAAUGCUUGGGUUACUCUUUGAGAUUGUCCUGUCAGCCAAAGUAUCAUAAACAAGCAAGAGUUCCAGGUUUUUACCUGUUAGCUUGAUACAUGUUGUGAUAUCACACCUUGGUGGUUCUAGGCUCUGAAGCAAAAAACCACAUCCUAACUUUGAUGUGGGUGAAGUACUCCUUUACUGUCUAACAAUUUCACCUUAUUUCAUUCAUCUUAACUCAUUGAUGGAACAAUUUAUUAGACAAUUUCCUUACAGUCAAUCCCCAAUCCAAAGCUGUCACAUGUACCAAAAUGUCUGAGGGUGUGAACUUCAAAUAUCACCAAAGAUAUAACAUAUUGAUAAAACUGUAAGCUUUAUUCACAAAAAAAUUCCCCAAAUAUGAAUUGAAUACUGAAAAUAUUUCAGUUUCUAUUAAAUAAUUGAAAACAUUUAAAAUUCACGUUUGACUUUAGAGGCAUUACGACAUUAUGUUUUGAUAAAACAUGCCACUAAAUCAAAUUCUUGAAAAGGGAAAAGAAGUGAGCAAAAUUAUUUAUGUUGUCUGGAUCUCAGUUAUUGUUAAAGAUAUCAAACGUUUGAACCUACGUGAUGUGAAAACUCAGAGAUAAAGUGAUCUCAUCAUUUAUAAUGUACUGUAAAUAUGAAUUAUAUUGAAUUACUGUAAUAUACCACAUAUUUGCAUUGGUCUGAAAUUGAUGUUACAAAGAAUAAUAGAGAAAUAAGUGUGUGUUUGUGUAUCAGAAAGUCUGUUAAUGUGCGUGUGUCCUUGUGUAUUUUGUUAGUGAAUAACAUUUGGGAAUAAAACCAAAGUAGAACAAAACUGUUUUGUUAUGAAGCCAACAGUAUUUAAUGAUUAAAAAGUGUUGAAUAGUGUUUGAUAAUCCAACAGUUAAUAGUCUGACUCACAGGAUCUAGACUGAUUGUAUGAACCUGCCAUUGGCCGACUAUCUCAGUAGGCAUUCUUCCUUCAGCUAUCUGUAUGCCAUUUUCUGACUUUACAGGAAGCAGCAACAACCUUCAAGCUAGCCAUAAAGUAGCAAGUUACUCUAACCCAAACUGCUUGCUAAUGGUACAAAAAUAGCCACUUUAAUACCGGUACAGGUGAUUUAUCCUAAAACAUUACCGUGUCACUUUCAAAUAAAAUGUAGAUCACUUUAUAUAAUACUGUUAAUUGCAAAAAAGUCUUCCAACUUAAUACCUCUGUCUAAUGUGUGUGUGAAUUAAUGUGUCUUUAUAUGUGUGUGUGCAAGAAUGCUUGUGUGUGUGUGUGUGUGUGUGUGUGUGUGUGUGUGUGUGUGUGUGUGUGUACAGUGACCUUUAUUUGGAUGCCUGGGGUGCAGACAUAUAAAUGCAUGAUGCUGAUGUGUAACUACAGGAGGAUGCAAGAGCAACAGUAACUUGCAUUUUCCUCUGCAGAAUCUGCAAGCUGCUGCUGACUCCCACUCAGGAAGGUGAUAUGGGUUGGAACGAUAAAAGAGACGUAACAUUACAGCUUUGUUACUUGUAGUGCAGCAGCUGGGAAGCUUUGUAGAAAAAGAACAUUGUCUAAUCAACCGUCUGAAAUAGUUUUUAAUUUCUGGAAAAGUACAGCACCCAGCCACUGCCUUGAUUGGUCAACACCAACAGUGGUCUAAAAUGCUUUUUUAAUGUGCUUUUGAUUUCACUGUUGGCUGUGUGUAAAUAACAGCCUAAUGAUCAGCCUUUUAAUGAGCUGCAGGUGCAAACAGGAUACUAAAAUCCAACUGGAACCCUUUACUCUGAAAAUGAAUUAAUGAUAUUGUUAUAUCGUGCCAACCCCACAGUCAUUGUACUGUAUAACUCUGGACUCAUCUUUUUUUAGCUUGUCAUGGAGCACAGAAUACGUUCUGCAGAUUCACUGUCUGACAAACUAGAGCCCUGCACCAUUCACCUCACAGACAGUGGAUGAUACACUAAACGCCUUUGACCCCCACCUCACUCUUAUUGCUGUGUCCCAAUGACAGUAACCUAAAGUUCAUUAGAUCAAACCCAGAAACAGAAGUAAAUGUUCCAAGUAUUUAGACAUCGAUCAGACAAAUUGAGAAAAUAAAGAUGAAAGAUUCUGAUUUCAGAAUGAAAGACAGGUAUUUUUCUUGUGUUCUACCUUUCACUCUGAAAGCAGUAUAAAACAUAUUGGCUGGAAUUUAUUGGAUUGCUAGUUCUGAUUCAAUAUAGACAUUUUCACAGUUAAUGAAACAGAUUUAAGGAUGUCCUUAAUCUUUGGCUUCAUAUAGACAUUUUAGGCUCUUUCCUGUUUUAUUGGGACAGGGCUGAGCCCCACUGUUUCCUCGUGAGCUGGAGAAACAGUCGAUCCACCACCUCCCCAUCCUCCCUCUGGCUGUGCCUGCGUGGUGUUAGUCUUUCUCUUGUCUCGCCCUGU